GGAAGAACUCUUGUUCUUCUUUGGAUCCGGUUUGCUUCAGGUGAAAUACCCUAUUGUGAACAUCGGGGCAUUAACAGCACAACGCGCUAGCCGGGCAGAAUGGCCAGCUUCACGCAGCACGCGAUAACCGCGCUUGCCCUGCUGGCGACACAAUACUUUACUGUCGAGGCAGCGAAGUUUACCAUCGUUAAUAGAUGCCCCUACAAAGUGUGGCCGGCGACCGGUGGUGCACCGUGGGAGGGCUGGGCCCUCGAGCCACAGCAGUCGAUCGAUGUGUACCGAGACGCGGGCUGGUCGGGCCGCUUCUGGGCAAGGACCGAGUGCAACUUCAAUCAAGCUGGAGAGGGAGGCUGCAAAACAGGGGAUUGCAACGGAUUGAGUUGCCGCGCUGGUGGCGCCCCGCCCGCGUCGCUGGCCGAGUUCACACUGGCAGGAUUCGGCGGCAUGGACUUCUACGACGUCAGCCUGGUGGACGGCUUUAACAUCCCCGUGAGCGUGCGCUCCCAGGGCGGGAGCGGUUCCUGCAGGGAGACCAGUUGCAAAUUUAACAUCAACAGUGUGUGCCCACCAGAGCUCCAGGAUAAAGGUGGAGCUGCCUGCAAGAGCGCCUGCCUCGCGUUUGGAGACCCCAAAUACUGCUGCACUGGGGACUUCAACGAUCCGAACAGGUGCAAGCCGACUCACUAUAGCGAGUUGUUCCAUAACCACUGUCCAGACGCCUACAGCUACGCCUACGACGACUUGCGUGCUACCUUUACUUGCUCCAGAGCAGACUACACCAUUACUUUCUGCCCUUGACAUCCAUGACAUAGACCGCUAUAUUACAGUGCUGGGUACACUUGGAUUCCUAGUCAUGAAUGUGUACCUUGUACCUUUUGUUAUUCUUCUUUAAACCUCUGCUUGAGUAAUGCACAUCACAUAUGUCGUUCAGCAGCUCAAUUAAAAUAAAGAUUUUUGGUUUUUGCGUGGGAAA